CAGCCAACGAUGUUGUUGCGCUGCCGUUCUGUAUGAGUGCAUUCGGGCCAUAAGGGCGACGGCCCGCACUUAAUAUUUUCUACUGUGUUAGGGAAAAAGUUUUAACGCUCUUGGCCUGUCGUCCUUCCCCGAAGCCAUGGGGAGCUUAGUGGCUACUUCUUCUAUGCCUCCUCGGUCGUCACUCCUUCCUGCUUCAUCCACCGCCGGCAGCCAAGGAGCAAAAUCUUCUUCUCGGGGGAGGCUUAGGAUUUGCGGACCCGUGGCCUACAUGGAGAGAAGCCCAAACUCAUUAUCAGGGUUCGCGAGCAAGUUAAUUGGGUCUCUGCCGAUUGUAGGCCUCCUUGCUAGAAUUGUUAAUGACGAGGGAGGUGUCGGUGACGACCUAAUAGAUUUCGCUGAGUUCCGGCGACGGGUUGGGAAGAAGUGCAGCAUUAACGAUUCUCGCGCCUUCAUCGAGUUCAAGGACCGCCGCGGUGGGGCUGGUGAUCCAUUUUAUGUCCUUUUGUGCUGUUGGUUGGCUGCUGUUGGUGCUGCGGAAGAGAUCUUGGAGGGGGUUACUAGACUUCGCAUUUCCAAUGAUAUUGAAUUUGAAGAAGAAACUUUUCUUGCUACUAUGAAAGCUGCUAAAGAGAAACGGGCUAAGCUCAAGGCUUCUAUCCCAGCAAUUCCGAUCGAGAUUCGAGUCGAAAAGGCUUUCGAAGCCAUCUAUGUCUGUUGUUUCGGCAAAGAUCCCAUCGAAGAAGAGGAUGUUCGGCUGCUCUGCAUCAUGCUUAAUGCAGUUUUCCCUUCUGUGGGGACAUCAGUGAUAGAAAGAUUGGUAAAUUCGGUGGCAAAUGAAAUAGCUGAGGGCAACAGAGCUUAUUUUUCAGAGCUGAAGCCAUUACCCAAAGAGGCUGUGGAGCGCCAAAUGAAGGAUCUCGAGUUUCUCAGGCAGAGAAGUGAGGAAUCCAGUUGACACCAUUGUUGUACAGUCUUCAUCUGUUCAUUAUUUUACUGUAUUAUGCGCUAGAAAGAGGAAAUAGAAUAUUCAUUUUCAGUUUUGCUGAUAUAUAUAUAUAUAUAUAUAAUUUAAUUUUUUAGUUUUGCUGAAAUGUUUGCAUUGAAGAUGGAUGAGUUAUUCUA